GACGCCAUUUUGUGAUAAUCGGCAUGUUUUCUGCGUCGCAAUCGCCGCAUACUCAUUUUCUCAUGCCCGAGAGGAGGAGUGUGGAUGCUCACAUCUAAUUGUUUUCUAUUUAUAAAUAUUUGCUUUCAUGCGUGAAUGAUACGUUUGAAAGGUGACACGUGAAAAAACUCUACCUUUCUUGGUGCUCGCUGCAUACUACCGACAGAGGUGGAGAGAGGACGCUGACGCUCUGAGGGGCUGGCCAUGUCGUUUCCGGGCCGCGGACCGCCGCUGAUGCCCGGCAUGCCGGCCAUGUCUCUGGUGCAGCACGCCUACCCCAUGCAGCCUCUGAUGCAGCAGGCCGUGCCGCUGGUGCCGUCAGUCAUGUUCGCCCAGCGGGCCGCGCUGCCGAUCCGGCCGAACCGCCAGCCAGUGCCGCAGACCACCUACAGCCGGGGACCUCUGAACGCCGACCGCUCGCAGCCAGCGUUCAGCCGCCGCACCAAGGAGCCUCUGGGUCCGCCGGUCACCGUGUUCAUAGGCAACAUUACCGAGCGUGCGCCCGACGGUAUGGUCCGACUCAUCCUCAAUAGCUGCGGCACCGUGCACAACUGGAAGCGCGUUCAGGGCGCCUCUGGAAAGCUGCAGGCGUUUGGCUUCUGCGAGUUCGGUAACCCGGACGCAGCGCUGCGCGCCAUCCGACUGCUACACGAUCUGGAUGUGUCCGACAAAAAACUGGUGGCCAAGGUCGACUCAAAAACGCAGGAGGUGCUGGAAAAGUACAAAAGCGAGAAGCGCAGCAGCCAGCGCCGCUCGCCGCUGCAGGACGAGACGCCAGCCGCUGAUGACGACUACGUGGACGCGGACAUGCGGGCCGACGACGAGUCGGCACUGAAGCGAAUCCAACAGAUUCUGGCCGAUUACGCGCAGGACAUGAGCAGCUACACACCGCGCGGCCGGCGCGACCGCGGCCGGCGCUCGGACGGUGAGCGAGCCGCGCGCUCCCGGCGCUCGGAUGGCCGGCGGCCGGACCGCGGCGACCGCGACUCGAGCCGUCAGAGGGCUCAGGAGAAGGUUAUUGAGCUCAGCAAGUCGGCCGUGACGGUGGAGGACGGGCCGGCCAAUCUGGAGGGUAUGGAGGUAGAGGAGGAGAAAAAGGACCUGAUCUCGCGCGAGAUCGGCAAGUUCCGUGACCAGAUGAAGCGCCAGGAGGAGGAGAAGGAGCGCACCCGGCGCGAGCGGCCCGAGCGCGACAUCUCGCCGCGCGCCGGCCGUCGCCGCAGCCGCAGUCGCAGCCGCAGCCGACCAGAGCGGAUCGCCACGCCACCGCCGGCGCCGCCGCGCCGCCGCUCGCGCAGCCGCAGCCAGGUCAGCGAGACGACUUCGGUGGCGGCCUCGACGAGCUCAUCGCGCGUCCGGCCGGGCAGAGAGCGGGAGAGGGACAGAGAGAGGGAGCACAAACGACGCACCAGGUCCCGCGAGCGGGAGGAGGAGCCGGCCGUCCCGCGUAAAUCGGAGCGCGACCUCAAACGGGAGAAAGAGGAAGAGGAGGAGGCGAAGGAGAGGAAGAAGCUCGACCGGAAGGCCCGUGAGAAGGAGGCCGCCUAUCAGGAGCGUCUUCGUAACUGGGAGACGCGCGAACAGAAGCGGCAGCGCGAGGUGAAAAAGGAGGCCGAACGCGAGAAGCAGCGCGAACACGAGGCUCAGCGCGAGGCCAAGAAGCUCAAAGAGUUCCUCGAAGACUAUGACGAUGAGAAGGAUGACGCCAAGUAUUACAAGGGCCGCGAGCUGCAGCGGCGGCUGGCGGCCCGCGAGCGAGAGGCCGAGGAGGACACGCGCGACCAGCAGCGUGAGAAGGAAGAGCUGGAGGAGCUGCGGCAGCGCAUCCAGGCAGAGGGACACAACGACCCCAGCGCAGAGUACGAGCGGCAACGCGCCGAGCGCGAGGAGCAGUACCGUCCCAAGCUGCGCGUCAAGCCCGAGCGGCCGCCGUCGCCGCCGCCGCAGGUGGUGGAGCUGGCGGCCACCCCGCCGCCGGCGCCGGCGCCGCCCUCGCCGCCACCACAGGCGGCCGACUCGAGCGAUGGCGGCCGCUCGCCGUCACCGCUGCCGCCGGCUGAGGAUAGUCUGAUGGGCCAGUCGAGUCCGCCCCAGUCGAGCCGUGCAGAGUCUGUGUCGCGGUCGGCGGACGUGACGCCGCGCGGCCCAGCCACGCCUCUGACGCCGGCCGCACAGCUGGAGGCAGCCGCCGCGGCAGCCACCACCGCGCCCGCCCGGCCCCCGGCCGCCGGCAAAAAGAAGAAGCUCGACGUCAAGGAUGUGUUCAACCAGGACGACGACGACGGCCACCAGAAGAAGAGGCGGAAGCUGGUGCCGCUAGAUCACGACGACGACACCAAGAAAAAGGAGGAGAAGAAGCGAGCCGUCAAGUCGCUGAUCGAAAAGAUCCCCACCAGCAAAGAGGAGCUGUUCAGCUACACGGUCGAUUGGGACGCCGUGGAUAGCACGCUGAUGGAGCGGCGGAUACGUCCGUGGAUCAACAAAAAGAUCGCCGAGUACAUCGGCGAGCCGGAGCCGAUUCUGGUCGACUUCAUCUGCUCAAAGAUCCUGGUCGGAAGCACCCCGCAGGCCAUUCUGGACGAUGUGCAAACGGUACUGGAUGAGGAGGCGGACGUGUUCGUAGUCAAAAUGUGGCGGCUGCUCAUCUAUGAGAUCCAGGCCAAGAAGAACGGAUUGGUGAAGUGACCGGAGGUGCCGGCGGCCGGCCGGGCCGACCGCCCCUGUGAUACGUCCCCCGGCGCCCGGUCGCCAGUCGCCUAGUGCUGUCUCCGCGAGUCGGACGGGCUCGGCUCGGGUGUCGGGCCGCGCGCCUUCUGCCGGGAGCCAUGGGAAGGUGGCCGGCGGCCGGGCGCGGCCGUCUGUCUGCCAGCUGCUGCACAGUCGCCGCCUAUUCAUAUGUAUGCAUUGCCAUUGUGUGUAAAUACAAAUAUCCAUGUGUAAA